AUGGCCCUGUCCAAGGGUGGACCUUCGGAGCUGACAAGGCGGGAGCGGGAGGUGAUUGAGUUUGCCUCCCAGGGCGCCACAAACAGACAGAUUGCUGAGGCGCUGUUCGUUACCGAGAACACCGUAAAGGUCCACCUGCGUAACAUCUACCGUAAGCUCGACGUGCAGAACCGCCACCAGCUGACGGCUCUUGCGCACCGGUCGGGGUUUAACGGCCCGAAUUUAAGCGUACCGCCUGUCUAA